GGUAACUUUGGUUGUUGUUCAACGUCACUUUCCAGAAACUUGGAAUGCAGAACGUUUUCAUGCUUGUAACGUUCAUGCGUUCACGUGUUAUUUACAGAUACACUUAAACGGAUAUCUUUUUUAGCGGAAAAAACGUAACUGCACAAGAUUUCUUUUAAUUUUUUAUCUUUUUAUAGCAAGAUGACUUCAUACCUGUGGAUUCUCCUUCUGGCAAGUCUUGUGACAACAAGAGCGCAAGACUUGGACCUCUCUGAUGCCCUUUUUGAUGAUGGUGAUAAGCCUCCUACAAAGCCACCGGUGAAACCAGCCCCACCCAAAAACUCAAAUCCAGAUGGGUUUGAUCUGUUAGAUGCCUUUGAUUCAGAUCCCAAGAAACCUGCUAUUAAUCCCCCCAAAUCAGUAGAUGAUCCAAAAAAACCAGCUGGAGAGGGCUUUGAUCUGUUGGAUGCAUUUGGUCCAGAUCCUGAGCCCAAAAAGCCUCUUGUUCCACCCAAAGAAGGAGGAGGAACUGGUGGUGGAUCUUUUGGUGACAAAGACCUGUUUGAUUUAAGUGACACUGGGAGUGACUACAAGCCCGACGGAGGCCAAAGUGGAGGGCAAGGCGCAGACCCUGCUUACAAUGAUGGCGCCUCGGACAAACCUCAAGAUCUAAACCAGCAGUGGCUCCAGCUUAUCAAGAUUCUAGGCAAAAAUAUACCUGAAGGCCUCAGUGUCUGGAUUGCUCACUUUAAACAAGUAGUGGAGCCGCUGUUAGAGAGGGUUUUGGAACUUCUGAACAUAGCAGAGGAAAAGACUGAGCUCUAAAUAUCUUGGAUAAGAAUCCUCUUUGUUUGUGAUGGGGUUUUAAGCUGUUUUACAAUAUGUUUACAUGGUUUGUUUGUAAGGCUGGGACUGCUGGUGCUUUUUUUUAUGUUGAAGUGAUUAAGUUACGUUUUUUUGAUUACGUUUUUGCAAAUGUGGUGGUUAAGUAUUUGUGACGAGGCAGAGGGCCGGGCCGUGACUAGCUUUCACUGUUACUAAUCAGGCAUAAAGAGACCACACAUACCACACAUAGCAGGCAUUUAUCCCUUGAGGGAACUCUCUUAGGGAAACUAAGUAGUUUGCACAUACAGUUGUUAAGCUGUUAAACAUCUGAAUAUCUAAUUUAAUGAGGGCUGGCUUUGUUUCUCAUGAAAUACUUUAAACAUCAGCAUUAUUUGGCAUUUUUAUCCCCUCAGGUAUGCUGUCAAUGUUUUUAACUGGCUUGUAUUUAUUCAGGCUCACAUUUUCUCUGAGGCUCUUAAGUUUUUUUUUUCCUCUCUAAAAAAUGGGUAUUUUUACUGUUAUGCGUUUUUAAUUUCAGUAUUGGUAAAGCAUUGAAAUGGCUACUAUCGAUGUUCCUUUUUAAUACAUUGAAAUAUGAGAAUUUUCUCUGUUUGGUUCAUGUCAUAGUCACACCCAACUGGUGUGACCUGUGCUAUUAUUAAUUGUCAAGCAGAUCUCACUGGGUACACCCCGUUAACAAUGACACUUUGAGAAUGUAUUGAGAGUAUGUGAAGAAUUAGGGGUUGCCCUUUCUCUUCCUUAUUCUAUAGAACUGCCUGAGGUUUAGGGAAGAAAACCUGCAUAGGUCUGAGAGUAUUUUUGCUGAAGGUUUUUUUUACAUUCAGUGAUAAUUUUUAUAUGUAGUUUGAAAGCUUCUAUUUACAAUCUUGUCUCAAUAAAAAUGGAUGGGCCCAAUUUUUACCCAGUUUUUUUUCUCCAACUUUUCCAGAAAAGUUGAAAGGCGGUGCAUUCAAACAGUUCUUUCACACUUUCAGAAAGCAGAAUUUAUAAAAAAAAUGUAAAACUAUUUUAUAAAUAAGUAUUUGAAGUCCAAAAAUAAUCUCUAAUAUUCUGGGUGAGCCUGGGUCUACGCCACUGGAUAAGAUCAUCUGCCAGAUGAAUAAAUGUAAAUAUAUUAUUGCAUAUUAUCAUGCGAGGCAGCAAGAACAAUAUGUACAAGGCUGUGGGGCAGGCCAUAGUUUUAUAUUCUUGGAUGGUAUGAAAUCCAUGUUGCACCCCAUAGUGGCAGAAACCAAAACUGUUACUUUAUGCUUUCCUGCUGGGAAAUUAACAAUAAUUUUAUUCCACAAGUUACUGUAAUUUGUCAGCUAUUUCUGUUUCUCAAAAAUGAUUAAUAACUGAUUAAAUAAUUUUGAGGAAAAAGUUUGUAUUCUUAGAGUUAUAUCACUUUGUUUGCGCAUUUUAAAAGUACCUGAGUCUUGAGACAUUGUCCUUUUUCUUCUUUUGUGCAUCCUGUCCCUUUAAAUGUGU